GUGCAUAUCUAUGUGUGUAUAUAUAUAUAUAUAAAUGAAAACUAUAUGCGACAUAUAACUAGAGCUAGCUUUCCACUCUGUCGUCAUGGAUACAAUUAAGAAAACAGAAGUUUAACCAAGCCUACUAGAGAAACGAGCACACCUGAGUAUUUAUCAUUUUCAAGGUGUUUUAUUUUCCUUAGACAUUUAAACGAGUUUUAUUAAUGGAAGAGAAUGAUAGGGAAUCAGCGUUACGCGUAUCAAUGGAGGAAGAAGAAAAUCGUAAAACAGAUCCUAAAGAGACACGCGAGAGAUCAAUUAUCAUCGUUGGUAGUAAAAAUGUUGGGAAAACAACGAUGAUUAAUCGAUUUCUCGAAAAAGAUGAAAAACCGAAGCCAACUAUCGCCAUGGAAUAUUCGUUCGGACGAAAAGCUGGCAAAAGUUUAGUAAAAAACAUAGUCCACGUAUGGGAAAUCGGUUACGUAGCUUCUUCUUUAAUAUCCACUGCUAUGAGUGGAUCAGGCUUAACCCAUUCACCCCAUCACACGACGCUCUUGAUGAUGCUGGAUUUAUCGAAACCGGAAAUAUUAUGGAUCACGUUCGAAGAAAUUUUAUCUGCGGUACGAAGCGCUUUGAAAAUUUCUUACAAUUCUAAAUUCAUUAACGAUAUGAUCGAGAUUAAAACAAAUGAGAGAAAAAACGUUGAAAAAAUGAUCGAUCUUUUACCCCUGAAAACGUUUAUCAUUGGUGGAAAAUACGACGAAUUUCAGGAUUUCGAUUCGGAUAAAAAAGAAAUAAUGGGAAGAACUUUAAGAGCAAUUGCACACAGUUUAGGUGCAGGACUUUAUUAUUAUUCCUCUAAAGAUAAAAUACUUUUACGAAAAACGAAAGAUCUUUUAUCCCAUAUAGGAUUUGGUGCUGUUCUAUCAGAAGGAAAAUUUACGAGUUACGACAAACCAUUGAUCAUAUCACCCGGAGCAGAUUCGUUUUCGUCGAUCGAUUUGCAAUUACCUUAUUCGAAACCAUCCAUGAUUUUCGACACCAUUAAACAGACUUUCGUAGUUCGUGUACCGCAAAUAACGAGAAACGAAGAAUCCACUUUAGAAGACCCAAGUAACGAUCCUAACUUUAACGAGCCCAUUAUCGACAAACUCAAAGUUCAAAGGGAAGAGGAAAUCAACGUACUUCUCGACGAUAUGUUGAACGAUCGAACACAAAAGAUUCCAAUUCCUGAUCCUGUUUAAAUAGUUAUAUAUUAACUUAUCAAGAAGAUGA